AUGAGGUUGAGAAAAGCUUUGUAUGGGGGCGACGGGAUUAGCAAGCGAGCGAUUCGGACGGGGCAAAGAUUAACCAAGAGGCUCUGGAGGUGGCGAUUCUCAUGUUCGCUGCCGACUGCAUUGCUUGAGGCCUCUAAGUCUGAGUGCGUGUUGAGUGGACGAGGACUCAAGUUGGGGUUGUUUCCUGGCCGCUACGGUCUGCCUAUCCGGGUGGCGGGUGGGGCGCUUGUUUUCAUAGGUGUCAAACCGAAGCCAGCCUUGCCAGCCUGCUUGAUUUCGAUAUGGGAAGUAUCGAGUCUAUCGGCAGCUAGCAUCGUGGGCAUUCCUCAGGAUGCGCUCGGCGAAGUCUUCAGCCCCAGUUUCAUCAGUGACAUUCUCGAGACGCUGCAGGAGACUAGCGGUAUCGAGGUCGCGGGGGGCAAAGAUGUCGAAAUCUUGUGGAAGCUGACACUCAGACGGGUAUGCCAGAUUAGAUCAAGCGGCGGCGACGAGUGGCCAACCUUCCAGCGCAAGUCGCAACUGAGACAUCAGGCACAGCACUCUGGGUUCCAGCCUUCCCAGGUUCGUGGUCAAGAAGCAUGUACGGAUUUCCGAGAAAAUGGCCCACCUGGUUCUGGAGGGUUCCGGCUUGCUCCUGCCUACUUUAGCGCCUUGCACUCAGAACUGAGAAAGAAGGCACUCAGUGCCACUAACUGCAUAACCUGCCCCACUUUCUCGCACCUGCGCCUCCAAUCAGACCCCUCCUUCCCUGCCUUCCUUGCCUUCCGCGGCCAGUCAGUCACCAAGCACCCAGGAAGGCACCACCACCCAACUUGGCUCCAGGUCCUUCCUUCCUUCCCGCCUUCAGGCAGGCCGCAUCUCUCUGACACCUUGGUUGCCUUUCGGUAUUUAAGCCACUUCACCUCUUCAUCCUUCUUCCCUCCUCCUUUCCCCCAUCACAUCCCCUACACAAUACUUCCGCUCGACGAAUCUCUCAUCAGCGAUCACUCGGUUACGAGCAACUACAUUCACGAAGUUGCCAUCAUGCAGAUCUUCGUCAAGACCCUCACCGGCAAGACCAUCACUCUUGAGGUCGAGUCCUCCGAUACCAUCGAUAACGUGAAGUCCAAGAUUCAGGACAAGGAGGGCAUUCCCCCCGAUCAGCAGCGUCUCAUUUUCGCUGGCAAGCAGCUUGAGGACGGCCGCACCCUCUCCGACUACAAUAUCCAGAAGGAGUCUACCCUCCACUUGGUUCUCCGCCUUCGUGGUGGUAUGCAGAUCUUCGUCAAGACACUCACUGGCAAGACCAUCACCCUUGAGGUCGAGUCUUCUGAUACUAUCGACAAUGUUAAGUCGAAGAUUCAGGAUAAGGAGGGCAUUCCCCCUGACCAGCAGCGUUUGAUCUUUGCUGGCAAGCAACUUGAGGAUGGUCGCACCCUGUCCGACUACAACAUCCAGAAGGAGUCCACUCUCCACUUGGUUCUUCGUCUUCGCGGUGGUAUGCAGAUUUUCGUCAAGACCCUUACCGGCAAGACGAUCACGCUCGAGGUUGAAUCUUCAGACACCAUCGACAAUGUCAAGUCGAAGAUCCAAGAUAAGGAGGGCAUUCCUCCCGACCAGCAGCGCUUGAUCUUCGCCGGAAAGCAGCUUGAGGAUGGUCGCACCUUGUCGGAUUACAACAUUCAGAAGGAGUCCACCCUGCAUCUCGUCCUGCGUUUGCGUGGUGGUAUGCAGAUCUUCGUCAAGACGCUGACUGGAAAGACGAUUACGUUGGAAGUCGAGUCAUCUGACACGAUUGAUAACGUGAAGUCCAAGAUCCAGGAUAAGGAGGGUAUCCCUCCUGACCAGCAGCGUCUUAUCUUCGCCGGAAAGCAGCUGGAAGAUGGUCGCACUCUGAGCGACUACAACAUCCAGAAGGAAUCAACCCUUCAUCUCGUCCUCCGUCUUCGUGGCGGUCAUGACGUACCUGAUGGAACGAGGUCCGUAACCGGUGGGGCUGUGGAGUGCACGCUCCUAAAGCUCCUCGAAACUCGCACCUAA